UUUAUUACUAGUAUUAGUCUUCGCACUCCUUUGGGCCUUUGGCUUUGAAUUUUCUAUUCUUGUUUCGAAGUUUGUUAUGCUCGUACCGAAAUAUCGCUUAAGAAGUUACGAAAAACUAAUAAACAACAGAAUCAAUAGUCUCGUCGCCUUUGUUCUGGACUCAAGAGUUUGGUGCUUCAAGUAAGACUUCAUUUAUUAAAAGUAAGGUGUCUGCGUAACGGAAGUUUCGUUGUUUGAAAUGCCUCCGACGUCUGCUCCGGGAACCAUUCUCACCAAACUGGCGUUGACGAAAAAAAGUCAACCAGCUCCAGAAAGUAUUCGAUGCCAAAAAUGCUUACAAAAAGGGCAUUGGACGUAUCAAUGUGAUAAACCUGCAAAGUAUGCGUCGCGUCCAUCCAGAACGACAGAGUUGAAGAAAAGCGUCAAACAGCUUGAAGAGGAGCAAAAAAUUGCUAAGCUAAAGGAACUUGCUCCACAAAAGAAACGACAGAAAAAUUCAUCGUCCGAAUCCGACUCCAGUGGUUCGGAUUCUUCUUCUGGAUCGUCUGACAGCGACAGUUCAUCCGGCAGUAGUUCGGAAUCGUCAUCGGAAUCGGAACCUGAUCGAAAGAAGCUGGUUAAGAAAGACAGAAAGCGCUCGAAAAGGAACCCCUCAUCGUCUUCCGGAUCGACGUUGGACUCCGCGGACAUGGCCCAGGAAGCUGAUUCCGAAGGGGAUUAGUUGCUUAACGGACUUCCGGUUCGGUAUGGAUGAUUUUGCUGAUUCUUUUUCUGUGUUUCCUUGAAGUGCGGCUUAAUUUGCUUGCUUAUGGAAAUAAUCUUGAAUCUGCUUUGCGAUUUAACGCGUACUUGGUACUUAACAAUAUUUUUAAAAACGUUUUACUGGUUUGGGUGCAUGUUGUUUAGCUGCUUUGUGUGGAAAUACGUUUUGGCGUUUGAUUGUUUUAUAUUUUUGUUAGAAAAUUGUUUGAUACAGGUGCUAGUAUUAGAUAACUGUGGAAUGUGAAUUAAUUUUGUGGACAGCGGUCACGAUUCUGGAUUAUAGUACUAAUAAAGCGGUUACAGCGA